CCGGAUAUUAUUGGUCGUCCUCUGAUAGCUGAGCUCUCCUGCUUUCAGUCGCCCUUCAGUCCUGUCGGGGAGAGUUCUCCUAUAGACCCAAUCAUCCUCUAACUUUUAACAAUGGCGGGGACACUUGCUCGCAAAGCCAUCGACCACCUGAAGAGCAAAGACUUCAGAGAUUAUUUAAUGAGCACGCAUUUCUGGGGUCCAGUCGCAAACUGGGGUCUUCCCAUUGCUGCCAUCACAGAUAUGAAGAAGAGCCCUGAAAUCAUCAGCGGCAGGAUGACCUUCGCUCUGUGCUGUUACUCUCUCCUCUUCAUGAGGUUCGCCUACAAGGUUCAGCCUCGUAACUGGCUCCUCUUUGCCUGCCACCUGACCAACGAGGGAGCACAGCUGGUCCAGGGAGGUCGACUCAUCAAAUACAACAUGGAGAAGAAGAUGGGAUCAUAGUGGUGAAAAGAAGACGGUGGAACACAGAAUGCUGCUUCUACAACCCACUAAAGUUGCACACCUGAACUCGUUUUGGCUCGAUCCACAUGACAAAAAAUAAACUUUGGUUCUUAAUCAGAAAUAUUCAAAUAUAAAUUGUGAUAUCAUUGCAUCGAUUUAUCGGUUAGUGGUUUCCCUAUGGGUUCCCUUUUUCACUAAUCUAUUAGUGUUGGCUUUUUUUUUUUUUUUUUUUACCUAGUUGAAUUUGAUCAAUCCAUCACUUACCACCUGUCCAUCAGGGUCAUGGAGGACUGGUUACCUACCAGGACAAGUUACCAGGAAGCUAGUUGAAUUUUACUAGCUAAGUUAAAGAGUUUGUUGACUUAACCAUUUUAAUUCCAGCAUUUUCCUAAUAAAAAUGUGAAUAUUCAUAUGAGCAGUACUUACUGUUCAUGAACAUAAGCGUAAAAAUUCAUUUCUUUAUCUGUUCUACUAUAAUGCCACACUUUGCUAGGCUGGUAUCAAUGAAACUGUAACUGACAAAGACAGAACUAUUUGGAAAUAAGUUCCUGAUAUAAAGGUUGCUCCAGGACUUUAAUUUAAAUCAAAACCACUAAUGGUGUUGGUGCAUAUAAAUGGCCAUUCAUUGGCAAAUCAAACCUUUUGUUGUACAGAAAUGUACUCUGUGACGGGAAAAAUCUCUAGAAAUGUGAUCAAAUAGGCCUGUGAAUGAAGCUUUGAAGAAUCUCACAUAUGAUCCUUGUACACUUAGAUUUUUUAUUUUGAAAUAGUACAAAGUGGUGACAAUCAUUUAAGAUCUGAUCCAGCUUUAGAAAAUUACUAGAAAUUCUGCUCAGUGGUGCAGUGGAGUAGCACUGCUGCCUUGCAGCAAGCAGGUUCCGUGUUCGAUUCCCGGCCCUGGUUCUUUCUGCAUAGAGUUUGCAUGUUCU